AUUAUUGUCCUCAUAAAAGUGGCCAAAGAACCGGCACCUCACUUUUACCCUUUGCAUUUUCUCCUUUCUUCCCUCCUAAAUGAUUCUAUGCCUAAAGGUGCAGCAGCUGUCUAAUGAUCAUGAGUACAAAAGACACAAAAUAGAUGAUGGAGUGGAAAAUGAGAAGGAUCUGCUUCCUGAUCCACCCCUUUAAAAGUGAGAAAGUUGGGAGUUGGCCUUGGCUCCUCCCUUCAUCUCACUUCACUGUGCUCCAAGACACUUCAUUUAACCCUUAAAUACCCUCAGAUCUGCUUUCUUCUAACUUCUCUACCAGCCCUACAUUGUUAAGGCCACAUCAUGUCUUGCCCAGCGUACUGAACUGCCCUCCUAACAAGACUCCCAGCUUCCAGACUUACCAGCUCCAACUUAUGCUCUCACCUGCUCUCCCUUCAGUUAAACUGGAAUGUUUUUAUACUGAUCUUUGCUUAAAAUACAUUCAGGGUUCUUCAUUGCCUAGUGGAUAAAAAGUCAUUAGUCCCACAGCCUUUAUGAUUUGUUUGGUUUCUGUCAUACAUGAUGAAGACACUAAUUAUGACAAAUAUAUAUACAUAUACAUGUGUACGUGUGUGCAUGUGUGUGUAAUUUUUGUACACGGACUAUGAACCAAGCAUUGUGCUAGGAACUUUACGUUUAUUUAAUCCUCACAAUGUUCCCUCAUAUAUUUGGUAUUAAUCUCAUUUUACAAAUAGGACGACUGAUUCUUAGAGAAGUUAAGUCACUUGCCCAGGAACAUACAGCUAGUUUAAGUGGGGAAGACCCAGAUGUGAAAAUUCUUUCCAGUAAAGCAGUGUCUUGACAUGAAAGCAUGUACCGCUCACCAACCUGUUCUCCACCGCCCUCCUCUAUCCUAAAUGGGCAGCCCUGUUGAAGAAUCAUAGCCAAAGCCAGUCUUGCCCCCGGGGCCAGAGGAAUCCAUCUGCCUCUGCCAACUACCAGAGCGGGAGGAACGCAGGAUCUCAACGCCUGCUUCAGCAAGGGAGGAGAGAAUCGCCCAGAGCCGGAGCGGCGUCGUAGGGUGGUGGUCCUGACCGGACAAGGCCACUUCUCCUCGUGAACUGGGGGCCAGAGAGCCCUUCUCCCUGUCCGCCUGGCACAACGGCGCUGUGGAAGUGAAAUCCCGGCUCCAAGGUCACCCUGUCACGAGCCUGGAGCUGGAAAGCCACGGGGACUCCGAGGACUCACCCAAGGCCCAGACUAGCCCGGCACCCACCCCUCACCACUAACCCACUCCGCCUGGGCGCUGGUUCUGUGCGCUCCCGCGGCGCAGUCGCUCCGCUGCAAGAGCGCUUUCGCGCAGCGCCACCGCCCAGCGCCGGGACCAAAGCAGUCCUCGGGCACCGGCUCCCCGAGGCACACAGCCCCCUGAGCCCCGAGUCAGGGGAUUGAGAGAAGGGCGGUCGCGGAGCCCCUUGGCCUGUCGUCAGUCACUCGGAUUUGUAACUGGAGAAGGGUGCGGGUCCCCGAGGGACAUCUCCAGCUGGCACCUAACCCCUCGGAUCCUGGACUGGGAGCCCGAGCUCGGACAUUCCAACGGCUGCCCGGUGGGCAAACCGACCCUGGUUUCCGACUCCAGUCACUAGCAGCCUCGCGCCUCAGACCCUCCCCGGGCACGGAAACGGGUCACGUCGCCCCGCUCAGCCUCUGGGACGGCGGCGGCACAAACCCCGGCCGCUCCCAGCAGCCCCGACGAGACCCCGGCAGCGCCUGCCGCUGGGUGGCCUCUCUCCGGGGCUGACCCCCUCGCGCCCCCGCGCGUCCAUCUGCGUUUCUGAGACUGCUCUGACAGUGAUGUAACAAGGCCAGGCUCGCGCCGCGUCCCCUCUUUCCCAGACUCAGUGCUCCCUCCUCCCGCGCCCCGCGCUCUGCGCGCUGAGCUGGCGCCGGGCUCCGCUUGCACAGCACCAGGACCGACGGGCACUGCUGGGAGAACCGCUCUCCCACGUUCCACCUCCCCAAUGCAGAGUCCGUGGGGGAAACCAGGCUUUCCUCCCAGAACCAGGCGAGCGAGCCGAGGGGGCAGCUGCUGUGGAGGCUUCUGAGGAGACUGCCUGGCUUCUUUCCCUACUUCCUGGAGAGGGCAGGAAACCUCAGGUACCUCGUUGACCCCAGGAGGAUAGAGGAACCCUGCUCCCUGGUCAGCAAGCAGCCCCCAACCUGGAUGGAGUGAAAGAUGCGGCCUGAUGACAUUAACCCGAGGACUGGGCUGGUGGUGGCCCUGGUCAGUGUCUUCCUGGUCUUCGGUUUCAUGUUCACCGUCUCUGGGAUGAAAGGGGAGACUUUGGGAAACAUCCCCCUCCUGGCCAUCGGGCCAGCCAUCUGCCUACCAGGCAUCGCGGCCAUUGCCCUGGCCAGGAAAACCGAGGGAUGCACCAAGUGGCCAGAGAACGAGCUUCUAUGGGUCCGCAAAUUGCCCUGCUUCCGGAAACCCAAAGACAAGGAGGUGGUGGAGCUGCUGAGGACCCCUUCAGACCUGGAGUCCGGCAAGGGGAGCUCAGAUGAGCUGGCUAAGAAGGCGGGCCUCAGGGGGAAGCCUCCCCGACAAGGCCAGAGUGAGGUGUCCAUGGCCAGCUCCAUCACCACCCCCACACCCACGGAGGAAGGAGAAUGCCAGAGCCUGGUCCAGAGUGGGCAUCAGGAGGAGACGUCCAGAUACCUGGAUGGCUACUGCCCCUCGGGCAGUUCCCUCACCUACAGUGCCUUGGACAUCAAGUGCUCAGCAAGGGACAGACCUGAGUGCCCUGAGCCCGAGGACAGCAUCUUCUUUGUGCCCCAGGACAGUAUCAUCGUUUGCUCCUACAAGCAGAACAGCCCCUAUGACAGAUACUGUUGUUAUAUCAAUCAGAUACAAGGCAGGUGGGACCACGAGACCAUCGUCUAAUCUCUGCAUACAAAGGUCGCUGGAUUAAUAGAAAUAUGACUAAGCCCAGCUCCCCAUGGAAGGAAAUUACUCUGCUUGGAGAGCCUUCACACUGUUAGAAAUUGACCUGGUAUGUGAUGGGUGUGAUAACCUCUGGUACCCAAGAGUCAUGUAAAUAGGCAUGUUGGGGACACAUUUUAGGGAAGGGUGAUAAGGGUUAAGGACACUGGAAGUGGCAGUGGGUAGGAAAGGAAGCCACUCCGGUUGCUUCUUAACAAUUUACACAAUGUUGAAUGUUUUGUAAAAUAACCCAAAAAGUGCUAUCCAGGACCAGCUAAGAACAAGAUAAAUCUAGAGUGGGCUGCAGAUGUGAGGCAUCAAAUGACGCAUGAGCUGACCAUAGGGAGACUGAGCUGCUUUAUGUUGGAAUAAAUUGAAAAAAAUUAAUGAUCUCUUAUAUAAAAUAAUUUUUGUCUGGUGAAAAGCUUAUCACACUUGGUAUUUGCUGAAAGAAAAAAAAAUCAAGAUAUAAGAGUUAAACCCUCCUUAGAUGGG